CAAAAAUACAAAAUAUGCUUACUUUCUUAAAGCCUCGAUCUUCGAAUUUCUUAGUAAAAUCUAGUUGGAGACACUUCUCAGCAAAGCCUAAGAUCAAGAAGGAAUGGGCCAGGAUGCACUUGCUAGCCUAUUUAGCUUCUUUUAUGAUCGGAGGCAAGAUCGUGUACGAUCUUGAUCAAUUGAUCGAAGACAGCGAAAAGUACAUUAUGGGUGUGCCUAAAGACAUGCAAGAGGAUUUGAGGGAGAUGAAGUAUUAUAAGGACGACAUCAAUUACCGGCUUAUGUGCGAUAUAGAAAUCGAGAUCAUGCUAAGACAUUGUAAAAUAUGGUUUAAUGGAACUUACAACAUAAUCAAUCCAUAUAUGAAGUUGUACCCAAUAAUCUCUGUGUUGGCAUUUUUACUUCAGUUUCGCUAUUUCUCAAGAAGAGGGUGGUAUUCUCUCCCAAUAACUACAACCUCUAUUUGUUUUAUAUGGGUAAUAUCAACCACUCUGCUAAACCUUGAUAAACUAGUAUCAUACUGAGAGGCAUGAGAUAGGUUCAAAAAUAUUUACUCAGAAUUAACCACCAUAAAAAAAUCUAAAUAA